CCAUUGCAGGAACCCUUAGGCCAUUGGAGUGCAUGGGACGGGGCGGGCUGGAAGAAAGGGUGUGGAAGAGAGAGGCGUUGUAGUGACAGCGUGGAGGAUCAAUGGCUGGCUUCCCCGUCAGCUGUGCCGCGCCGGCCGCUUCGCCGCCUCCACCCAUGCCCGCGCUGCACCCUGCCUCGCCUCGCCCCUCGCCCAUGCCAAGAGUCUUUGGACUGGAGAGUGAAGUGUAGCAUGUUCCCCCCCCUCUUGUGAGGACCUCCCACGGUGACACGCGCCAUUGUAUCCACACCCCCAGCGCACAGUUCCAUCAUCAUCCACAGAGCUCCCCACUCGCCAUCAUGUACCACCCAACACCCCCAAACGUUGACACGGCAGCUAUUGAGGGCAUACCAGGAGCCUUACCAUCCAAGACCCCAGUGUCCCUCCUGCAAGAGCUGUGCAUGCGGCGAGGCAUCUCCCCAAAGUAUGACUUGCUGCAGAUUGAGGGAGCGGUGCACGAGCCAACCUUUGUCUAUAGGGUCACAGUAGGAGAGUUUGCAGCCAACGGGUCAGGACAGAGCAAGAAGAAGGCCAAGCAUGCGGCAGCGAAGGCUGUGCUGGACAUCAUCAUCCAGGGUGGUGCAGCAGGGGCUGGGGGACCCUCAGCUGGUGGGGCUGCUGGGGCUGCUCCUGAAUUAUCCACACAGAUUGUUUCCCCCUAUGAUGAUGGUAUCCCAGGAAACCCAGUUGGGUCCCUGCAGGAGCUGUGCAUGGCGCGGCGUUGGCCCCCUCCAACCUAUGAACUCACCUCGGAGGAGGGCUUCCCCCAUGAGAGGACCUUUUCAAUUGCUUGCACCAUUGGCAACACCAGAGAGAUCGGCACUGGCAAGAGCAAGAAACUGGCGAAGCGGCAGGCGGCAUUCAAGAUGAGUCAGAGACUGAAGGACCAGCCGGUGGAGCAGCCACCGGUCACCGUGCUCACCGAUGAUGAUGAGGAGAUAGCUCAGAAGUUGGCAGCAAGAUACUCCGGCCUGAAGGACACAAAGAUGUCAUCCCUGACUACCAGUGACUCGCGGAAGGUGAGUCACUUCCACAAGAACCUAAAGCAAGCACCUGGCAAGAAGCUGCAGGAGCUCCAGACCAUAUCCCUGAGCUCUCUAUCCCUCAACUUUGUUCAAAUGCUGCAAGACAUUGCUCAGGAAGCCAACUUUGUCGUCACCUACGUGGAUAUUGAGGAACUCUCAGUCUCAGGUCAGCACCAAUGUCUGGUGCAGCUGUCCACACUCCCUGUGGCGGUUUGUUACGGCACUGGUGCCAGCGUAAAGGAAGCUCAGUCUGCUGCUGCCCAUAAUGCCCUAGAGUACCUGAUGAUAAUGACCAAAAAGUAGCUUACCUGGCAGCCCUCCAGUAGCUGCAGCACCUGCUGGGGGAACCCGAGCGCUGCCUCACAGGUACAACGAGGUGGCCAGGGCGGGGCAAGAUGUAGGCUGGGGGACUGACCUAAGUGAGCAACAGAGCUUUACUUUCAGGCAUUGAUGAGUCUGUGUAGUUUUGUCUACAAAUCUGAAGGAGCAGGCUUUUUACUGUGAGAAUACUAAUCAGGUGUUCAUGGUUUCACUGACUCUGACCCAAUAACUUAGUAAGCCGAGGAUGUGCUGAUGUGGAAGCGCUGUGACUGGGUUGGUGCUGUGGCUUGCUGUUAUUUUGUGAGAGUUUGGGUAUGGAUUUGGUGUCAGUUUGCUGCUCAUUUUUAAAUGUGACUGGAACACACUUGAGAAGUCAGCUGGCAAGAACAUCUCCCAGAAGCAGUGUUACCAUGUUGACAUUUCUCAGCUGGAGAAGUUAUUGGGACAGAGUCAAUGUCACUGACUUCAAUGUUGUAAAACUCUUGCAGUGUUAGUAUUUGAGUUCAACUGAAGAAAUUCUUGACUUUGUUGUGGCACGUGGCCUGAGAGAUUGCAAAAGUCAUGUGGAAUUCUUGCCGAUCUGAAAAAAUUGCAUGGAAACUUUAAAGUAAAAAAAAAACUCGCAAUACUUUUAUUGCAGACAAAAAAAAUGAAAAAUCAUUCAUGUGAAUGAUAAAAAAUGUUAUUCUGAAUGAGUAACAACAAAAACAUAAAACUUGAACCAGAUUGGUGUCUGUGGUACCUGUGGCCAGCUGGCCAAGUGAUCUGUGUGGCUCAUCCCUGAGAACCUAUUCAAUGUAGUGUUAAUGCCUGGCCUGGAGCAAUUACCUUGACAAUUAGAACCAUUCUCACUUGUAGUGCUGUGGUUACCCGUGCUGGGCAUUUUAUGUGGGAUAGUAGCACACGUCAGGCUGGCUUGGUCUGAGGUGCCUCCUGGUGCUGAGAGGGCUGAAGGCUGCAGGAACAGAAGAUGAAGGUGUUAGUUACAAAGCCUUCCCGAAAUGAGGGAAGGGACUUGUUUUCAGUCGUUAAUAGUGAUUCUAUUACAUUUUUCUCAAUCACUUAUUAAUGCUAUUUGUACCAUCUUAUUAGCAGUUCUGCAUUUAAAACUGUUUUUAAUUAUCAUAAAGUAAAGGGACAAGACUUGUAUGUAAUACAGGUAAUCCCUGGUAUGUGAUUGGGUCAUUUUCCUGAAAAUGCAAUCAUAGAGCAAAUGAUUGUGUAGUGAAUUUAAGACUGAACAGGAAAAACAGAAUGCAUUCCAAGACCUUUAUGUAUUGUAUGUGCCCCCUAAAAUAAUUGUAUUUUAAAGUUAAAUAUUGUAUUGAAAUACAAUCAUUACUAGGAAUGGGUAGUAUUUUACCAUUUGCAAUAUAUCGUCAAAAAAAUCAUCCAUGGUAAGAAUUUUUCAGCUUUUGUUAAAAACGAUAAUCCCGCUGGUGACGUUGUUUGUGUGCGACCACGCAUGCGCAGCGCAGCUCAAAUGAAGAAGCAUAACAAACAUGGUGGAAGGCAGAGCUGAGAGCAAGAUGUUCGUUGCUAAACGAGGCUCCAGCUUAAUUACCUGGAACUGGUUUGGUUACAAUAAGUCUGUCAUGGAACAAACCUCUGUUAUAUGCAGAGUUUAAAAAAAAACUGACUACAAAGAAUGGUAACACCAUCAAUUUGUUCCACCAGUGGUAGUAAUUUUUAUCGUCACUUAUCAUUAUUGUGAUAAAUUUUUUAGUCCAUAUUACCCAUCCCUAAUUGUUACUUGAAAUAAUAAUGUAUGCUAUAAGUGAAACAGAAUUGUUAUUAGGUAGUGGAGCAAACUACCUGUUUUUAAAACUGGAGCUCAGCACUGUUAUUUUGCUAGUCAUUUGAGACAUGUACAUAAAUUGUCUCCUUUUGUUCUUAACACAAGAUGUGGUAAAUUAACAAGGUCACUCAUUCACAGCCCCAGCAAUGGAAACGGAGAAAUUUUGGAAUAAGUAGCGCAAGUAACACUUGCUACAUGGCGUCACACAUGUCAGCCUGGCCCCACAGACACCCUGGUUCAAGUGUCCUCUCGUUGUGUGCAUCGACUAUACUUUGCAUAGAACUAGUGAUGUUAUGGCAGAGCACACGCUGGCUCACUUGGCCUCCAUGUUGCAGGUCACGGCGAUGGUGCUAAGGUGGACAAACUAGUACCUGACGCUCUUCACUCCCCACAGUACAAUAUAACCGUAGCAGACCGUUACUUCGUCGUCAAGUAAUAAAAGUUAAAGUAAAAAGACAAAUUAUGGUGUGCAUUAUCACCAGACUCUGCACCAUGUUUGCAAAAAUGGGGUAAAAGUGAACCAGUGUGUGGCCUCCUCACCUUGAAUGUACUGUAGUCUUGGCCAGGUGUAGGUCUCAGCACUGGAGUAAGUUGCCAGGGUGAUGGUGGCGGUGAUAGCGGCAGCGGCAGCAGGUCUGCUCUUUGGGCUGGCCUUGUGUCUUGCCUCUAUCAGGGUAACAACUAGUAAAUCAUUUUGCUUUGAAGUGCAAAGAGUAUAAUUUUCACAGUACCAGCCUCCUCAACCCUUGCAAGUUACUCAGUGCUGUAACUUAAAUAAUGCUUUAUCCAGUAAGCUGUUACGUACAUUAUAAUUAUUAUCCAGUGGGCAUUCAUUAAUUACAUGCAAAGUAUAGGUAUUGGAUGAUAGCUGGCUAUUGAGAAUUGAGCAGCUGGUGUGCUGAGGAGUGGCAGGUCUGCCCUCCUUGCCCAUCACUCGGGCGCCUCUAAUGAACCUCUGAGAGACGGAGAUUUAUUGAAACUUGUCGCAAGUUUUUGAUAUGAAAGGAUCAGCGGUAGCUUUUAUAGAUUGUAAUACUAAUAACUUUGUUAUUGAAGUUAUCAGAGGAAAUGUCAUUUUUAUGAAUUCCUUUAUUAGAGGUGGAUAUUUCCCUCUGACAACACGAGAGAAAGAGAGAGAGCGAGAGCGAACGAACGAGUGAGUGAGAGCACCGUGCAGGUGGCUGAUGCCCUAACAUUGAAUUGUUGACCCAUGACAGUUGCUUUGUUAAUACAGUUUUGCUGACUGUCUCAUCACCACACAGGGUUCAGGGAGGUGGACUAGUUGCAGUGCAUAACAGUGCUGAUAGAGCCUCCCUUUUCCUUGCUUGGCCGUUAUAAUGACCCAGCUAUGUCAGUGUAAUGCACUCAACUUGUUAGUACCUGCCCAUUGUGAGGUCAUGUAAGUGUCACCCUGUGGUGUGUCAGUAACCUAACAGGAGCUACAACUCAUCUUGUGUGAUCUCCAUCAGAACUCAAUGGCAGAUGUACAUGUAAGUUUAGUUCAACCACUUUUCUUGGUGUAAAAGUGAUACUUUUAAAUGGUAAUGUUUAAAUAAUAAUGGGUGCAGUGGCAUGCAUGUGAAAUUGUCCAACAGUGAAGUAGAUCUUUGCUGUUUCAAAGUUUGUACUUUUUUCCUCGAUAUUGCUCAUACUCUCAAAAGACCUUGCCUCUCUAGCAUGAAAGUAUGCGUUACAUCGUGUUUCACCAAACCUUGCCAUGAAGGUGGCAUUAGUUAACAUUAAUACAUAUAUCUAUAUAUUAUUUCACUUUACCAGUAAUAUCCAAUGCUAGGUUGAUAACAUUAUAAGGAAGGUUCUUUUGUGAAGCUCAGGAUACUACCUUGAUCAAGGGACUUCCUCCCCCAUCAGCUGGGGUCCUCCAAACCAUUACAUGCCAAGUGCCAAACACAACAGCAAGGAGUGAGUUUUGUGCUUGAUUUAUCACUGUAUAGUAUCCUACAGUUAUUGUUGCCUAAGCAUAACAUUUUAUCUUUGCAGUUCAAGAAUCAUCUGUUUCGUGACAUUUCAUUAGUGUAUAUUGAGCCACCAGUUGCCAGCACACUUGCCCAGCUGGGCAGCCACCUGCAUUGAGUAGACUCUACUUGAGAUUCACACACAAGAUGGCAAAUCAUCCAGACAGAGUUGUGAUAUAAUGUAGUAAGCAUUCAGUGGGAAAUGUUUCAGUGAAUCAGUUAACAAUGUCUUGGCGUUGUGAAAGAUCCAAGUUGGGGCUGCUUCCAAUAUGAGCCUGAUGGUGCCUCAUGUCACUUGCACUGACCAAGUGACUCGAGCACAACUAAUCAUCACUAUGGCUGGGCCGAUAGCUUCUGACUGAAACAUAAUUUUUAUAAUCCAAUUGAAAAAUAUUUAAUAUAGAGAGACCAUUCAUGUUGAAUGGUGUUGGCUUUGUCCCUUGACUGAGCCUCAGUGCCAUGAGAACAUCCAACACACAGGUAGGCCAAGCACAAAGCAAGUCUUAAUGACAUAACAAGGCAACUUCAAUACUGUACGUGUGCUUGCUUCCACUGUUUCCAAUACUUGCAGAUCCUCAGAUCUACCAACUAGGUAAGGAAGAACACACCGUCGUAGAUCAGAAACAACAAUUUGUGAUGUGACACUCAGCAGGUCAUGGUUUGUAGAACCUCAAAUUGUGACAACUGAAGGUUUAAUUAAUUAAUCUUCUGUGUAAAAAGUUUGACUAAACAUUGUUUACAGAAAGCAAUGUUAUGUUGAACAUUUACCUGAUGGAGAACACACAAAAUUUGAAAACUUAGAAAAGAACACUAUCUCCUCAGUCCUUGGCAUGCAUGUGUGUGUUGGUGUGAAGGGAAUUCUAUGUAAGAGACAGACAAACAAGUGGUGUAUUGUCCAAGAUCCUCAAAUAACAGUGUCAUGUUGCAUGCUGCUCUAAAGAAAAGUUUUAUGUCUGAUGUAAAUGAAAUUACACAAGACAUUACCAUGAGGCAGUGGGCGAGGAGUCCUCCCAAGUGUCUGGGAGAGUCGCCGUGCAUGAAAACAUUGUCCUGGUGCGUUGCCAUCCAGUGUUGAGGUGAGCGUGUCUGCUGUUGUUAGUCUGAUAUUAUUUCCAGAGGGAGUCACAGGUGCACCCCCUGAGGGGGCAAGACGGAUGGUCCAGUGGCACCGGGACACAAGUGUUAUCUGGCAAAGUCCUUGACCUUUCCAAUCUUGACUCAACCUGUGAAGAAAAUGUUUGAUUUUGUCCAAAUUGCUGUAUUGAAGAAAAUUUCUUAUCUGGAUUCAUGUUUUAGAAGAAAUAAUUUAUCUUUGCUCAAUUUCUUGUAAAGCAGAAAAGUUUUACUUUUGCCCAAAAUCCUCUUAAAAAGAAAAUGUUUGAUUUUGCAUAAAUAAUGAAGGGAAGGUCAGUUGUGUUCCACACAAAAUACAAAACUUAGUCCAAAUUGGUUGGGCACAAAGAAUGGUGUAACAUUGUUUUUUCCAUCAUAAUUUCCCUCUAGUGAAUAGUUGGACUGUAUCUCUGUGUCCAUCCAAUAACCUCUAUUUAUGUUCUGAAUAAAAAAAACUUUAAAAGUA